UCAGAGACCGCGCCCCCUGGCCGUUAACAAAGGGCCGCGGCCCCUUUAAGCGCCGCCAUGGCGGCCAAUGGGCGCGCGCGCCGCACGGCGGGCGCUGAUUGGCCGCGGGCUCGGCCCCGCCCCCCCGGCCGGCGCUGUCCCGGUGCUGAACGCGGCCAUGAGCGGCGGCGUCUACGGCGGCGACGAGGUCGGGGCCCUGGUGUUCGACAUCGGCUCCUUCUCGGUGCGCGCGGGCUAUGCCGGCGAGGACUGUCCCAAGGCGGAUUUCCCCACCACGGUGGGGCUGCUGUCCCCGGACGAGGUGUCCCUGGAGCUGGACGGGGACAAGGACAAGAAGGGUGGCAAGGUCUACUACAUUGACACCAACGCCCUGCACGUGGCCCGCGAGGGCGUCGAGGUCCUGUCCCCCCUCAAGAACGGCAUGAGUGAGCGGGGACACGGGGACAGGGGGACACGGGGGGGACACUGGGGACAGCGGGGAUAUGGGGACAGCGGGGGACAGCAGGGAUAUGGGGACAGUGGGGACAUGGGGACAGUGGGGAUAUGGGUGGACACUGGGGACAGUGGGGAUAUAGGGGGACAUUGGGGACAUGGGGACACGGGGACACUGGGGAUGUGGGGGACACUGGAGACAGCAGGGACAUGGGGGGACACUGGGGACACGGAGGGACAGUGGAGACAGAAGGGAUGGGGUGACACUGGGGGGACACAGGGCCAUGUGUGGGGACCAAGGGGACUGCAGGGGACAUGGGGAGAGAUCAGGGACAGCACGGGGACCCUUGGGGACAUUGGGGCAGGCGGAGCGGCACAGGAGGACACCGGGGGUGCCUGGGGGGCUGCGGUGGCCCGGCCCUGUGUCCCCAGUGUCCCCAGUGUCCCCAGUGUCCCAGUCGAGGACUGGGAGUGCUUCCAGGCCAUCCUGGACCACACCUACGGCAAGCACGUCAAGUCGGAGCCGGGGCUGCACCCGGUGCUCAUGUCCGAGGCGCCGUGGAACACGCGUGCCAAGCGGGAGAAGCUGACGGAGCUGAUGUUCGAGCACUACAACAUCCCGGCCUUCUUCCUCUGCAAGACGGCCGUGCUCACCGCCUUUGCCAACGGGCGCAGCACGGGGCUGGUGCUGGACUCGGGGGCCACCCACACCACGGCCAUCCCCGUGCACGACGGCUACAUCCUGCAGCAAGGUGAGCCCGCACCUGGGACAGGUGAGAGAGCACCUGGGGCGGGGGGAGGGGACCGGGGACACACCUGGGACAGGUGAGAGCACACAUGGGAUACACGCAGGGGCAGAAGGGUACCUGGGACACACCUGGCACAGGUGAGAACGCACCUGGGAGACACCUAGGGUGGGGGAGGGCACCUGAAACACCCCUGUAACACACCUGGGACAGGUGAGAGCACA